AUGUUCUGUCGCCGUGUUCUGCUCACGCUCCUCUCCACCGCAUUCGCGUUAACGACGGCCGCGACGGAUUGUUCCAAGCUCCCGGUGUUUUACUUCCACGGUGUCCGCGGCGACCACACGAAUGCACAGAAUUUCGUGGCGAACCUCACCGCCGAAGGCCGUACCGUUGUGGCUCUUACUUUCUGUGAGAUGCCGUGUUCUCUCCAAGCCAUUGUCCUGCAAGUUCCAAAGGCGAUCACUCAGAUCCGUGAAAUUGUUGCCAACAGCUCGGAAUUCAAUGAUGGCUACAUCUUCCUCGCACACUCACAGGGCGGCACCAUUUCUCGCGCUGUCAUCGAAGAAAUGGACGACCACAAAGUCAAGCGCUACAUCAGUAUGGCUGGUCUCCAGAACGGCCAGUUCAUCGGACCAGACAAGGUUGAGUACUCUAUCGCGAACGAUGGCCCAUUCCUGAAGACCUUGGUGCCUGAAACUAUGUUCAACUACAGCGCCUAUGGCCCGGAAGACUUCUACGGCAAGAUGCAGAAGGACUAUGUGCUCUACUCGAUUGAGAAUCCGGAUGCCCAGUACACGUACUCGCAGUUCAACGUCAACCGGUGGCCUCAGUUCGGUAGCUUCUCGACUGCCAACUUCUUCCUUCCGGUCUACAACAAUGUCAACCGCUGUCUGCCGGGUGACAACCAGUGCAUCUACGACCAGAAGCGUCGCAAGGCCAACUUCCUGAAGUUGGAGGAGGCUCACUUCUUCGCUUCACCCGCUGACGAGCGUAUCAUGCCGUGGCAGAGCUCCAUUUUCGGUCGAUACUCGGAGGUGGACACGAUCGAAGAGAUCGAGACCAAGUACAUGAACCUGACCAUUGUCAACAUGAACGAGACUUUGGAAUACACUUCGGAUACCUUUGGUCUGAAGACGUUGGAUGAACGCGGUGACCUCUUCAUUCACGAACUAGAGAACAUUACGCACGGCUGCUGGCGCGCUGACCAAAAGGAUGGCUGCAAGUGGGCUCCGCUCUACAACGACUAUCUGUACCCUGUGCUGCAUUAG